UUGUAAUGCUCUUCUACACCAGAAUUAUACAACCACCCCACUGUGAGAUAUCGAGUUCCAAAGCAAUCAUGAAGCGGAAGCUCAACGAACAAGACGUCCCGGAGGUGAUCGCCGAGGAGAUCCCGGCCGAAGCACAAUCCGAUCUCGAGUCAGAAGAGAAAGUUGCAACCGAAAUCGUCCAAGCCUCCACGCCUGCUCCGCCUGCAUCGUGGGAUUCGUUUAACUUCGAUUCCCGACUAUUGAAGGGCAUUGCUCAUGAGAAAUACGCCAGCCCGACUUCGAUCCAGGCGACCGCAAUUCCACUCGCUUUACAGAGCCGAGACAUCCUAGCACGAUCCAAAACCGGUUCGGGAAAAACGGCCGCAUACGUCCUUCCCAUUCUCCAAUCCAUCCUGGCCCGAAAACAGUCGUCGACCUCAUCCACCGCGUCGAAAUGCACCGCCGCACUGAUCCUGGUUCCCACGAGAGAACUGGCAUCCCAAGUGACGAAGUGCAUUUUGGCGCUGUCCUCUUUCUGCUCGCAGUCUCUCCGCGUGGAGAACAUCGCACGAAAGGAAGAUGAUAAGGUGCAACGCGCUCGUCUGGCGGCCUUGCCAGAUAUCGUCGUCUCCACCCCAGGGCGGGCGGUGGUGCAUAUCAAUAGCUCGGCGUUGUCGCUCAGCGAAGUGAAGCACCUGGUUAUUGACGAGGCGGAUUUGAUCCUAUCGUAUGAUUAUGGCGCCGAUCUGGAGACGAUUUCCAAAACCCUUCCUACCGACGUCCAAACCUUCUUGAUGAGCGCCACGCUCCACACGGAGGUCGAGAGCCUGAAGGGACUGUUCUGCAAGAACGCGGCACCGGCCAUCUUGGACCUGGAGGAGCAAGAGAAAGACGAUGAGGACAAGGUGCAGCAGUACGUGGUGAAGUCCGCCGAGGACGAGAAGUUUUUGCUGGCCUACGCCAUCUACAAACUGAAGCUCCUCAAGGGCAAGUCCAUCAUCUUCGUGGGCGACAUCGAUCGCUGUUACCGUCUGAAGCUCUUCUUUGAGCAGGUGGGGAUCAAGAGCUGCAUUUUGAACUCGGAACUGCCGGUCAACUCCCGGAUCCACGUCGUCGAAGAGUUCAACAAGGGUGUGUACGACAUCAUCAUCGCGGCCGAUGAGAACGAGGUGAUCGGAAACGAAGGGAGGAAGAAGCAGAAGGGCAAGGAAGACGAUGAAGAGGCUGAGACUGAAACCAACGGCGACGCCGAGCAGAAAUCAGAGCCUGCAGAGGGUGAGAAACCCACCGAAGCCCGCCCGUCGAAGAAGCGAAAGAGCAAGCAUCCGUCCGACAAGGAAUACGGUGUGUCCCGCGGCAUCGACUUCAAGCACGUCGCCUGCGUCCUGAACUUCGACCUGCCCAGCACCUCCAAAUCCUACACCCACCGCAUCGGCCGCACCGGGCGCGCCAACCAAACCGGCAUGGCCCUCAGCUUCGUGGUCCCGAAAGAACACUUCCGCAAGACAAAAGCUCUCUCGUUCGCCGGGUGCGAGAACGACGAGGCGGUCCUGGAAAAAAUCACCGCCAGCCAGGAGAAAAAGGGCAAGACGGUCUCCCCCUACCAGUUCGACAUGGCGGCGCUCUCGGGGUUCCGCUACCGGCUGCAGGACGCGAUCCGGUCGGUCACCAGCACGGCGAUCCGAGAGGCGCGACUGCGCGAGCUGCGGACGGAGAUCGUGAAGUCAGAAAAGCUGAAGCGGCAUUUCGAGGAGAAUCCGGAGGAGCUGCGGCAGCUGAGGCAUGAUGGGGAGUUGCGGCCGGCGAAGGUGCAGGCGCAUCUGCGGCACGUGCCGGAGUAUUUGCUGCCGAAGGGGAUGAAUCGGGGGCAGGGGGCGGAUGUUGGGUUUGUGGGGUUGCGGAAGCCGGAGUCGGAGCUGAGGAGGAGUAAGAGGGUUGGGAGGAGGGGCCCGAAGAAGGCGGCGGGUGCGCGAGGGAGGACAAGUAAUCCAUUGCAGACAUUCAAGCGGUAGCCAUAUACAUUGUAGCAAGCGGUCUGAGGCCCAAUUUAAACACUAUCUUUUUCGAUUCCCGUCGGUAAAAUCCACACAUGCACCGGUUCGCCUCGACACGUCGGUGAUAUACAAAGGUGACGAAAUACAUUACAAUCAGCCCUUGAUCGCUCCAUUGCCAUGUCUCUCCGGCUCAUAUCACACAUAUCCCUCUCGCUCCCCUUCGAACCCCGUCCGCUCUCCGAAUUUAAUACCCACUCGCCCCCGGCGCCUUCUCAUCCUUCCUCAAACUUACCAACAACUCCCGAAACCUCUCCUUC